UGUGGGUGGGUUGUGGCCGCUGUGUUGACGGGCGCCGGGAAGCGGGUCGUUGCCGCCGCCGCCGCGGGGUCACUCACUCACCGACCCUGUGGGAGAGCAGCGGCCUGCACGCCACGCCACGCCACGCCGGACAAGGAGCAGAAGGAGAGGACGAUGAGGGCCGGGGCCUGACCUGACCCAAGCCGCUUCUAUGGCUCACCAUCAGUCCUCAGUCUGAAACAAAAUGGACUCUGACGACCUACCUAGUUUGGAAGGCAUGAUCGGCACCGUGUGGUCUACACCCAUUGAGGGAAUUAACCUGGUGUUACAAGAAGCUCAUCUGAAUCUGGAAGUUGGCGAGGAUGACUUUACAGUUUGGAUUGCUUUCAAGGGGAACAUGAAAGAUGGUGAUUUUUCAAAUAAACUGGACCAGAUUGUUAAUAACAUGCCAUGCCUUCUGAAAAUGGAUUCGAACAAACUGAAGCUCGGGAAAGUGGAGCCAUGGAACAGUGUCCGUGUAACGUUUAAUAUUCCCCGAGAAGCUGCAGAGCGGCUACGACUGUUGGCUCAGAAUAAUAACCAGCAGUUGCGGGACUUGGGCAUUCUUUCUGUUCAGAUUGAAGGUGAAGGCGUUAUUAAUUUGGCUUUGGUACAGCAGAGAGCCCAAGAGAUCAGAGUAAAUGGGCCAGUGAAUCCAAUCAGAAUGGAACCAGGAUUUUCCUUGCAAGGAGGACAAGGUUUGAUAAGAGUUAACAAUCCAUCUGCUCCCAUGCUUCACUCGAGCAGCAACAUGACAGCUUCCUUGGUCGGCAGUGGAGCAAGUUCAGAGAUGAUGCAAAAUAGAUUACCGCAUCCCUCCACUCGACCCACCGCACAACCUGGUAUGGAUUCAGUGCUUUCAACUCUAAACAUUCAAGCAUCGGGGCACCACUCCGGAUCAUUGCCCCAGCAACCUCACAUUGUACAAGCAAUGUCAACCAGUCGACAGAUAGCACCAGCCAAUCUGCAGCAACACCAAUUACAAGGCGGGCGUUCACCAUUUAAUCCAGCUCAGAUUUCCAUUGCUGGCACAUGGAAUCAAGUGGCUUCAGCAGCGAUCCAAUCCCCAGUCACCCAGGGUGCUUUGGGAACUUUGGCAAAUCCAAUAUGGAAGAAGGCUCCCAUGCCUGGUCAAAUGCAGCCUCAACAGCUUCAGGCGAGGCCUCCCCUGGCAACAGUACAGACCCCUGCUCAUCCUCCACCGCCAUACCCCUUUGGAAGUCAACAAACCUCACAGGCUCAUCAAACCUUUUCUCAGCCGUGCACCUCGCCGCAGUUUGCUUCACCACCGCCAAAGAGUCACCAGGGAGGACCACCCCGAGUUCCCACACCCCUGCAGCAAGCUCACCUCACUAACAAGUCUCCGGCCUCGUCUCCUUCUACUUUCCAGCAAGGCUCCCCUUCCUCCUCUCCAACAGUCAAUCAGCCACAGCAGCACCUUGGGCCGAGAACACCACAGAGCAGUUCCCUCUCCCAGACAUUUCAGCCAGCGGUGUGCCAGAGUUCUCCUAAUCGAGGUCCCAUUGUUCAGCAAGGAAACUUGCCUGCCGGGUUUAUGAUGCAGGCAAAUCAGCUGGCACAGAGCUCCCAUUCCACCUUAGGAGGCAUGCCGAAGCGUCUUCCACCAACCUUUCCUCCUGGUCAGCCUAAUCAUAACUUCACUCAAUCACAGAUAAACCAAGCAGUUGCAUCUGCCACGUCAAUGAACAGUGGUAUUCUGCAGGUGCCGCCGAAUCAGAAUGCACCGCAUCCAGGUGGUCCAAAUAUUGCUGCUUCCCAAAAUCCUAUGAAUGUACAGUCUCAUGGGCCAACUAAUAUGAUGCAAGCAAAUCUUCUUGGACUUCAUGGGAGUAUGAAUAACCAGCAGUCUCUCAAUACUCAAGUGAAUAUGGGUAACAUGCAAGGGCAACAGGGCCUUCAGUCGCAGUUCAUUGGGAUGCAUCAGCAAAUUGCACCUUCACAAGGCCAGGUGAUGAAUGUUCAAACUCAAGGUCUUCAUCCGUCAAGCCAGAUGAUUAUUUCUCGUCCUCAGCUCAUCCAAAACCAAAUGAUGAUGGCGACGUCCCAAGGUCACAACGUCAUUGCACCUGGACAGAGGAUGACUCCGCCCAAGCAGUUGCAUCCACAGCAGGGUCAGCAAAUAAUGACUACGCAUGGGCAGUUAAUAGGUCCCCAAGGCCAAGCAAUCUUGCAACAGAGCCAAAUGAUGGGGCUCCCCGAGCAGAUUGUUGUUCGGCAGGUGCAGGGAAACAAACAAGGUUUCACUAAUCAGAACCAACAAAACUUAAUUGUGGGGCCGGGCCAGAUGAUGAGGGGACCUGCCACAAACUCGCAGGGUAAUAUAGUUCAAUUUUCCACACAGAUGAUCCAGCAGAAUCCUCUGAAUGGGAAUUCUCAAGGGAUUGGCAUGCAGGGACAAGGGCUUAGAACUUCAGUGCCUCAUAUAACUCAGCAGCAUGGUGAUCAUACGACAUCAACCAGCGACAUGAAUGUAACACAGAUGCUGCCUGAUCUUCAAAUGCAGCAAAAUGCAGUUGCCUCUCAUUUGCAAACAAUGCAGCCAGGUCAUUCUGCUGGUUCCCAUUUUGCAGCCCACGGUAUGACCUUCAGCUCUCCUUACAGCACCACGGCAAGUGGGAGUCAGGUGUCGUUGGUCACUGCCUCUGGUUUUCCGAACAAUAAAGAUGUCACUCUGACUAGUCCAUUGCUCGUCAACUUGCUGCAGAGUGAUAUUACGUCCGCGCAGUUUGCUAUGACCAACAAACAGAACAACCAGGCUGUCAACAAACCCAAGAAGAAGAAGCCAUCGCGUUCGCAGAAGAAAAAGAACAGUGGAUCUCAACAGCCGGAAGAACAAGCACAACAUGUGGUUUCUGAUACCCGUCAAAUGCAGCCUGGGCUGGAUGAUGGCGAUCCACAGCAAAUGACAGGAGAGCAGGGUGUAGGAAUGGACCCAGCAACCAACAAAUUAUCUGAAUUUGCAAAUCGAUCUGCCGGAUUCCACUUGCAGGCAGUUGAUCAGAGAGCACUACAACAGACGUCCAUUCAACCCAUCCAGCACUCCCAACAACAACAACAACAACAGCAGCAGCAGCAGCAGCAGCAACAACAACCCCAGCAGCAACAGCAAAUGAUGAUGAUGUUGAUGAUGAAGCAGCAACAGCAACAGCAACAGCAGCAGCAGCAGCAACAACAACAACAGGACUUGGCAAAACCAAUUAGAAUUCCAAUGACCCCCAAUACAAAACCAUCAAAACCAACCUUGACUCCAGAUGUGUCAAGAAUGCCAAUGAACACCGUUGGUAAUAAAGCAGUCAUGGUCAGCAUGCCUGGCCAGAGUGGAGUGCCACCAUCACCAGAUAAAUCAAGGAUGCCCUUAUUGGUUGGCCAUCAAGCUGGCAACACUCUAAGGAAGAUGACUUUCCAAGAAAGUAUACAAAACAUCCCAUCAUCAGUCCCCGAGGAAGGCAAUCCAACUGCUCAUCAUCCUGAUGGAAUGGGAACUGAGCAUUUGCUUCCCACUGGAGUCCAACUUAAUCCAGGGCCACAGCCUGUUCCCCUACCAACUCAAGUGCUCAUCACCGGGACUAAGCCAGGACAUUCGCAGAUCCCAACACAAGGUGUAAGUCCACAACAGCAGGGACCUCUUCCUUUGCAAGGUGCUCACAGCCUUCAUUUUCCGAAUAAUACUACCACUACGACGCAAACCUCAAGACCGAAAACACCGAACCGAGCAAGUCCCAGACCCUACUUCCCCCAUACACCCACCAGUAGACCGCCCAGCACAGAACCUUCUGAGAUCAGUUUAUCGCCCGAAAGGCUGAAUGCUUCUAUCGCAGGUCUCUUUCCUCCUCAAAUCAACAUUCUCUUGCCUCCGAGGCAGCCCCCCCUAAAUAGAGGGUUUGAUCAGCAGGGUCUAAAUCCAACAACACUGAAAGCAAUUGGACAGGCCCCAACCAGCAUUCCUCCUCAUGCCACCAACCCUUCUGUUUCCACAGCAUCGCAAGCGAAUAAACUGGAUUCGGUCAUAGUCAGUUCGGCUAAACAGGUUACUGCAAAACGUUCGACUCCCAGUACGAGCAGGAGAGCUAGCACUGGGGCCAGUAGGAAAACUGGUCAAAGUUCAGGCAGACAAAGUGGGAAAGCCCUGAAGUCGACCUUGACCCUUCAACAGAGCCCAGCCCUUAUCCCAAACAUGGAUGUACAAAAGAACGUUCUGAUGAAUGCUGCACAAAUUCUGUCAAAUCCAAUUCCCGGAAGUUUGAGUGAUCCCACCAAUACAGCUCCAACUGCUCCAAAUCCACAAAUGUCUGCCAGAAUUCCGGCUAACAACCCUGAAGAAAGCGGUGGCAACAAUGCGUUGAAACAGUUCUCUGGUAACAAGGAGCAGGUGACUUUUGAGUACAAUCCUCAAAGCAUAAACAAGUUGGAAAAGAAAAAAGGGCCUGAGAUUCAAGCAAAAAGGGGAACGAAGCCGCUAGAAGCCAGUAAACCUGGUGGAUGUGGCGAUGAAAAAAGCCUUCGAUCUUUACGAGAAGUUCCAAUUUCAUUUAAUCAACUUUUGGAUACUUCUGGCAGUCCUGGUGCUGCCAUUAAGACCGCUAGUUCCAAUCAAAUGGAACAAUCUACGCCUGGAGAUAAAGAGAAAGCAGCGGCACCCGAUGAACCUGUUGUUAAGGAAAUUCCUAGCACAUCAUCACAACUUGUUUGUGACGCUGGUUUAGCACCGAUUCGAACGGAAGCAGGAGAAUUAAAUACUAAUGUGACUCGGAGCGGUCCAACAUUGGUGCCUACACCAGUCGUGUCUGCAUCCAUUUCUAUUUCAAAUCCAAUAACAGUGUUUUUGAAUUCCAGUCCUAUUAAGUCUACAAGCAAUGUAAUUGCACCUACACAGACUCAGUCCCAGCCUACAGUUGUUUCAUCUGUUGUCCCGAUGCCGACCUUGGGGAGUAAAGUAGUAUCUGAAGUACAGCCAGUGGUACCGACCGGUUCACAGCCAGCAUUUAUUACCGCACCUGUAUUUAUAAAUACAUCUGUAUUCCAGGUUGUUAAAGAACCUUUGCUACCACAAUCAACCACCGUCCCUAAAGUAACUUUACCUUCGACUUCUUCAUUGGUAUCCCAGUCUGUUACUGUAAUCCAGGUAUCUCACACUGCUCAGAGUUCAUCAUGCUCUGCGGUUUCAACUACCCCAUCUGUUAAUAGCACCAUUAACUCUUCUUCUGCACCAACGAGUAGAAUGCUGGCUCCAAGGUCAUCUGCAUCCCCAGUUCAACCACCAUCCACCUCUCCGGCUCCUCCAAACAUCUCCUCACCAUCUCCUCACAGGUCAGCUGCAGACUUCAACCUCAGUGAAUCUCUCCAGAAUAACGGCAUGGUUGACCAAAGCUCUUCAGCUUCAUCCCACCCAACAACAGUUGCAACAUCGCCUACUUCAGCUAGCCCAGUUGUGCAAAGAAAGGAGUCUUUGGAACAUUCGGACACAGGACUGCCAGCCACAGCACCCCAAGUUGUUCCAGAGCAAAUAUCUCCCAGUUCAGUGCAACACGGGACCAUGGUAAAAAAUGGAGAAGACUUGAAUGUUGCGAGUGAAGCGGGUCAGAGUGAAGCAAAAAGCACUCUGGAGAAAUCCAAAAGCCCCACCAGAAAAAAUGCAAAAAGUGAAAAAGAGAGUGAGGAGGCUUCAUCAUUUCAGGAAUCUUCUGAAAACGGGCAGCGGAAGAGGCCUUCCAGACCUGGCUCUACAUUAGGGGGCUCUAAAGAUACCAGUACAGCCACCAGCCCGACCCAAACAAAACGAAGGAAAUCCAAAUAAAAUCUCACAAUUGUAAACCUGUGAAGUGUAAAUGUUUGUGAAUUUAAAUAAUUUUUCCAGGCUACUUUUCUGGCAUGAAUUUGUGUAUAGAGUACUGUUUUAAUAUUUGUCCCACUGAAAUGUGACUUAAAAAAGGUUUUUUGAAUUCUGAAACUCUUUUAACAAGGUAAAAACCUGUUAUUCAGCCAGUAAAACCCCGACUGGAAAGUAGUUGUACUGGUAAUUUCUGUUGCAAAGCUAAAGUAAAUUGCCAGCUUUUUGUCUGUCACCAAUAUAGUAUGUUAUUUCUAAUUUAGUAUUUACUGACUGUUAAAUUGUGUUCAAGUCUUAAAUACUGUAUGUGAAUAUUUGUAUGAGGGUGUAAUAAAGCCCAUCUCCACUGGAUGUUGAGUGUGAAGCAGUGUCCCGUACCAGCAAGUUAUACUUUUAGUUCACUUAGACCAUGUCUCCCCUUAUUUCAAAUGGAAAAAUAAUUCUACAUCUAUUCAAAUGGAAACCAGUUUGGCAACCAAUCAGUCUGAUAAAGGGUCCCAACCCAAAACAUCUCCGAUCCAUGUUUUCCAGAAAUGCUGCCUGACCUGCUGACUUACUCCAGCACUUUGUCUCUUUUUUUGUAAACUAGUAUCUGCAGUUCACUUAAGUUUCUGCAUUGAUGGAUUGCACUUCCUUCCAACGGCAGCCCAUCUCCAAGUUCAUAAGUCAUAGGUGCAGAAUUAGACCAUUUGGCUCAUUGAGUCUACCCCGCCAUUCAAUCGUAGCUUUCCCUUUCGACCCCAUUCUCCUGAUUUCUCCCACAGCAACAGAGACCCGGGUUCAGUCCUGACCUCGGGUGCUGUCCGUGUGGAGUUUGUACGUUCUCCCUGCGACCAUGUGGGAAUCCUCCAGUUUCCUCCCGCAUCCCAAAGAUGUGUGGUCAAUUGGCCUCUGCAAAUUGCCCCUAAUGAGUUGGGAGUUGGUGCAAGAGUGGGAUAACAUAACUAGUGUGAAUGGCUGAUCAAUGAUCUGUGUUGACUCAGUGGGCUGUUGUCCUCUGGUAGAUUUUGAUGACUCGGCAUCAUCACCAAUAAGGUUGCAGUGACUGCCAACUAAGCUGGCUUGAAUUUUCAAGACCUGGAAUAGAUGAGAAUAAAUAAUGCUCCCUCCACUGUUCAGGUCCAGGAAAAACAAAGCAGCAAAGCUAGUUGUAAUAAUUUAUACAAUGCUUUUAUCAUGACGCUACAGCACCUCUACAAAGUUAAAUGUCAUUUUGUUUUCCGACCACGAAUAAUGCAUACCGGCACCUUUUUGUCUACUACAAAAAUGCACUGAUUUUGAGUAUCGGUUGGUAAUUAGCUAACACUCUUCAUCCCAGUUUAACAAUAUUUCCACUAAUCAUACCUCUUAAGAUUUUGUACAGAUGUGUAGUUUACCCCACUUGUAUCAAUAACAUUAAAUGUUCAAAUGAAAAA